AUGUCUUCCAACCCAACCCCAACCCCACAGCAACAGCAAACCACCUACACCCCCACCACCACACACCCCGCAAGAAAAGACAGCCUCCCCCACCACCGCGCCCGCCUCUCCCGCAAACAGCACGAAAAACCCCUCCAACGACUCCGCCUCCAACUCUUCGACAACGAAAACGUCCUCUAUGCCGCCUUGGUCCAACAAGGGGGUGUAGUACCCGCGCGUGCGGGCGACGUUGUAUGCGGCAAACGGCUGGAUAGUUUGACGUAUCAUCGCGCUCAUCUUGGGCGUGUUUGGGUGGAGAGGGAGGUGGAGAGGGGGAUGUGUGGGGAGAUGGAUGGGGAAGAUGGAGAAGAGGGGGAGGAUGGAGAUGAAGAGGAGGAUUUGGAGAGGUUGGCGCUUUGUAGGGUUAGUUGUCGGAGUUACGAAUAUGAACGGUUUGUGGCGGAAAUGGGGGAGGGAGAUGAGGAUGUGGAGGAGGAGGAUGAGGAGGAUCUCGCGCUUUGCAGGGUCCCACAUCAUACCCGCGACUACUCGAACUUGAGUGACGGGGAUUACGACACUGGGGACGAUGAGGAUGAGGAUGAGGAUCUGAUGGGUUCGUUGGCGCUUUGUGCGCUUGAUAGUAUGGAGAUGCAUCGGAGUAGGCAGAAUAGUGCGGGUAGUGGGAAGAAGGGAAAGGGGCUGGUGAAGAGGGCUAUUGAGAUGGUUUUUAAGCGCGGGGAGAAGGGUGAAGAUCAGGGAAUAGGUGCAUAG